UCUUCUCUUCCUCUAUCUCUUCCUCCUUCUCCGCCUCCUCCUCCGCCGAUUCGGUUACGGAACCAAUAUUAUUACCGUUAAUUAUAGCCACAGCGGGGCGAGAGCAUAUAGAAUCGCCAUAUAGAUGUUCAAGUUCGUGCUGAACGACGCCGCCAACUACGUGCGAUCCAAUGUGCGGGAGUUCAGCCUGAAUGCACUGCGUCUGCUGCCGCAACUGCCGCAGUUGAGUCCAUACGAUGUUAACCUAGUUCUAAGGGAGAACGAGUUCGUCUACAACUUCCCAGUGGAGGGGAUCAUCCGCAGCUAUGAGACGAACCAGCUGGGCUCCAACUCGCCCUGCGAGGACUCGCGCACGGAGGCCAGCCUGCUGCACCGCAACGGCUUCAUCUGCGGCAUCUUCGACGGCCAUGCGGGGGCCGCCUGCGGCCAGGUGGUGUCCAAGCGGCUGCUCCGCUACGUCUCGGCGGCCACCCUGCCGCGCCAGGUGCUCCGCGAGCAGAUGAAGCAGGGCUGCAGCAGCCAGUCGUUCCUCAAGUGCCACAACGACAACGUGGACUUCGUCAGCGAGAUCAAGCCGCUCUACGAGGCCAGCUUCGUCAAGUAUAUCAAGCAGCUGGCGGAGACGCCGCAGCGGGACGUGUCCAGCGAGCUGGUGAACGCCUUCCUCCACCUGGACGAGAAUCUCUCCGAGGAGGCCUUGGCCAGCAGCGAUGUGCGCACCAUGAGCGUAGCGCUCUCCGGAGCCGUCGCCUGUCUGGUGCACAUCGAGGGCCUCCAGCUGCACGUGGCCAGCACGGGUGACUGCGGCGCCGUGCUUGGCGUCCUCGAUCCGCAGACGCAGCAGUGGCAGCCGAAGAAGCUGAACAGCGAGCACAACGCGGACAACAUGUCCGAGGUGCGGCGCAUCCUGGCCGAGCACCCGAAGGAGGAGCAGGAGACGGUGAUCCGAAAUGGGAGGCUGCUCAGCCAGCUGGCGCCGCUGCGUGCCUUCGGGGACUUCCGCUACAAGUGGUCCCUGGACAUCAUGCAGCAGAAGGUGCUGCCGAUGUUCGGCGAGCACUCGAUGGCCCCCAAUUACUACACGCCGCCGUACCUGACCGCCCGCCCCGAUGUCCAGCGGCACGAACUGGGGCCCGGCGACAAGUUUCUAGUCAUCGCCAGCGACGGCCUGUGGGACUUCCUCUCGCCCAGCGAGGUGGUCAGCCUGGUCGGGGAGCACAUCAACUCGAAGAAGAUCCUCGAGCCGAUGCGCCUGCCGGAGGGCGACAUAACGCUGCAGCAGAUCUCCGAGCAGCUGGCCGAACGGAAAGCUGGCCUCACACGGAAGCCCGUGGAUCAAAACGCGGCCACGCAUCUCAUCCGGCAUGCCUUGGGCGCCACCGACUAUGGGAUUGAGCACUCCAAGAUCUCGUACUAUCUGACGCUGCCCAAGGAUGUGGUGCGGCUGUAUCGCGACGACAUCACCAUCACCGUCAUCUACUUCAACUCGGAGCACAUUGCCCAGCUGCAGGGCGAGGCGGAUGCGGAUGCAGAUCCGGGGGUCACUGCGCCGGUAGCGUGAUCUCCGUGUAUAUUUAACCAGCCAGCGAGCCACUAACCUUCAGCCUAACUAGCCUAAGUGUUGCGUUUAAGUUUGUUUCAUUCGCCAACGGACCUCGGACAACUGCCGCGCCAAAUAAAUCCAAAUCGCACGCGGAAAGCGAAAUUAUCUA